AAUGCUAACCAGAACGACUUGUGGACUGGCUGGCAAGCGGAGGGGUAGCCUGCGCGCAGUCGCGUGCCAAUACAUACCAGUGGGAGGGAAGCGAUCUCUGCGAUCAGCUGGAGCUCGCGAAAUGUUCUUUCUACAACGUUCUGUAUUGCCGUCUUGCGGCAGAGGUGGGGCAGGCGCCUGGGCGCGCGCGCUACCACCUUCGCACCCCGCUGUGAAGGAUGUCCAGCAAAGAGAAAUUCACGAGGUGUCAGGAGACGUAGUCCCCAUCAACAUGGUGAAGGGUAUAGGUCACCUUCGGGAUCCCAGAUUGAACAAGGGGUUGGCGUUCACGUUGCAAGAGAGAAUCGCCCUUGGGAUCCACGGGCUUCAACCUCCGCGAUUCAAAACUCAGGAAGAACAACUCGCACUUUGCAAAGCUUCGGUGAUGAAGUACACGGAGGAUUUGAAUCGGUAUCUUUACCUGGUCGAGCUACAGGAGAGAAACGAGAGAUUGUUCUUCCGUCUUUUGAGCGAAAACAUCGAGCAGAUGAUGCCCAUCGUUUACACUCCGACCGUAGGACUCGCCUGUCAGAAAUUUGGAGUUAUUUACCGACGACCCAGAGGACUCUUUAUCACCAUCCACGACAAGGGCCACAUCUACGAAAUCCUCAAUAACUGGCCCGAGCAAGCGGUUCGUGCGAUAUGCGUGACCGAUGGCGAGCGAAUUCUCGGUCUAGGGGACCUCGGGGCUUGCGGAAUGGGAAUUCCCGUGGGUAAAUUGGCCUUGUACACCGCCCUGGCCGGUAUUAAGCCCCACCAAUGUUUGCCAAUUACGAUCGACGUCGGUACGAACAACGAACAGCUGAGAAAUGACCCUCAUUACAUCGGACUGAGCAAACCAAGAUCGCAGGGCCAAGAAUACGACGAACUGAUCGAUGAGUUCAUGGCCGCGUGCGUGAAAAAGUAUGGACAGAAUGUCCUAAUUCAGUUCGAGGACUUCGGUAACCACAACGCGUUCCGCUUCCUGGAUAAAUACAGAGAUAAGUUCUGUACCUUUAACGACGAUAUCCAGGGCACAGCUGCGGUCGCUGUCGCUGGAAUUCUGGCCUCCAAGAGAAUUACGAAAAGAAAAAUGGGGGAUAACAAAUUCGUCUUUCUCGGUGCUGGUGAGGCAGCCAUUGGGAUCGCGGAUCUUUGCGUAAAAGCGAUGGAAGCCGACGGUUGCACGGAAGAAGAAGCUCGUGCGAAUAUUUGGAUGAUGGAUAUCGACGGUCUUUUGGUGAAAAAUCGUCCGGACGGUAACCUUGACGGUCACAAAGCGUGGUACGCAAAGGACCACGGCGUAAUGAAGUCUCUGUUAGAGGUGGUAAAGGAAAUUAAGCCAACGGUGCUUGUCGGCGCUUCGGCCGCCGCUGGUGCGUUCACGCCGGAAGUUCUGCAGGAAAUGGCCAAGAACAACGAGAGGCCGUUAAUAUUCGCGUUGAGCAAUCCUACGAGUAAAGCUGAAUGUACGGCUCAGCAGGCGUACGAGCACACGGAAGGUCGUUGCAUAUUCUCGUCAGGUUCGCCCUUCGGCGAAGUAAAUUACAAGGGAAAAGUGUACAAGCCGGGACAGGGGAACAACGCUUACAUUUUCCCGGGGGUCGCCCUUGGCGUAAUAGCCACCGGGUGCCAUCAUAUUACGGAAGAACUUUUCCUAAUCUCUGCCCAGUGCGUGGCGGACCACGUGAAAGACGAAGAUUUGGAAAUGGGAAGUCUCUAUCCACCGCUAAGCUGCAUCAAAGAGUGUUCCAUUACUAUUGCCAUCAAAAUCGCCCAGUAUGCGUACAAAAAGGGUGGUCUGGCGAGCGAAUACCCCGAGCCAAAGGACAUGCGAAACUUCAUCGUGAGUAAAAUGUACGACGCUAGCUAUGACAGCCCUCUCGCGAAUAUGUACGACUGGCCUGGGGACUCGGCUAAACCACGGGUACUUCCGGAACAAGAAAUAAAAAUCCACCAUGAUCUGAAACGCCUGUAACAAAAUCCGUCAACUGGAUAGUUAGAAUAAUUAUUGUUAUCACCUACCACAGUUUAUGAGAAAAAAAAAAGAAUACAAAAAAAAAAACAAAAAAAAUUAUAUUUCCCACGCAAAUAAUAUAUGCAGUGAGGAAUUAUCCAUACGCCAGAGUGAAUAUCGUGCGCCGAUUUUGACCACAUGAAAGUAAUAUUCUACCCCAACAGUUCGUUCUAGUCGUAAUUUAUGACAGAGAUAUUUUCAUCUAACGUAAAAUCCAUAACUAAACCACAAUCACGGUGUGAUAACUAAUCAAUUUUAUUUUUGCUUAAAAUAUCAUAACCGAACACCGCACCACGCAUGUUUGUACCAAUUCGCAUCUUUAUCAAUUACCUAUUAUCGUACGCCAUACUGACCGACAAACUGUAAAACCUGAAUACCCGAUGAUUCAUUCGCCUUGAAGUAUUUUUUUAUUCACCUACUUUUAAUAGAAAAAAUGGAACAUCGCUCUCUUCCAAUUUUCGAUCAAAUUCGUAAGGAAUCAUUCGACUUUUCUUAUGAUUCUGACGAUUGUGUUACUUCCGUGACACAUUACUCCUGUUUUUUUUUUUUUUCUUUUACCAACUAGUGAAGGACGAUUGCAUGCGCGGCGCUUUUUUUUGGCCGAACUAAUAAACAGGAUGCUGAAUUGUUUUUCACAUGCAUUUUUUUUUGUACCUUUGGUUAAUUGAGUUCUAAUUCACGAAUAGAUAAGUUCAUAUUUCUACAUGUGUUAUUAUCAAUACUGAGGCCCACACACACCGAUACACUAUGUUUGUAAUCGCUAAGAUUUGAACAGCGGUUGCAGACGACUCAUAGAAAACCGAUAAGACAUGAGUCGCUUGUUCUCGUCUAUUUAUUUAUUUAUAUGCAGUAGACGUAUCGUAGAUUUAUUAUGUUGAAAAUAAUUUCCAGAUUUCAUAUCAGUUCAUAAUGGUGUCUAUUUUUUUCUAUGAUGAAUCCGCCGCCGUUGUAUAGUUGAAAGAGAAAAUUAUAUAACGAGUGAUGAGUUUGCAAUUUACCAAUAUAAAAAAGCAAUGCAUUAUCGAGAAACAAUAAAAUUUGAAAGAAAAAAAAAAACGUCACUCGAUGAAACGAUGCUUGUGGAUUUGAAAGUAUUCUUGUGGUUUUUGAUUUUAAAAACGAUUUUGGUAAGCUUUUGUACACGGUGGAAUUGGAUGAAAUUUGUAAAAGUCAGUCUGCCAGUAUGAAAGCUUAUGCGUAGGUAGAUUUAUAGUUUUUGAAAAUAAUCAUUAAAUUAAUAGCAAAUUUUUGUAGUUUAUAGUUCAGCUCAACUAACACUCUGCUCUGUUCUUCUCCCAACAGAUUGUGACGUGUUGGCGAGUCUAAUGAGAGGAUGAUGUCACAUAUACACUGUGUUACUAAUUUAAAGAAAGAGAAAAAAAUAAUGUGAAACAAAAAAGCAAAAUCUUGAAUUAACAGCUCGGAAAUAACUAGAUCAUUUAGUGUCAGUAGAUAUAUACAAUAACGUCUAUUAACUUAUUAUGUUAAGUGUCAUUGGUAUUGAUGAUUCAAUGUCAACUUUAUUUAUUGUUAAUUUAAAGAAAGAAGAAAUCUAUCUAUAGACUACUUAAAAAUAUGUUUAGAAAAAGAUGAAGAAAAUUUGGAAAAAAAAAGAAAAUGAAGUUUAAAACUAGGUUGUAUUUCCUAAUAAUUCAGUCACGCAAAAAGAAACAGUAUAAGAAAAAUCGUCAAUGAAAGGAAAGAUAUUUUCAACAGAAACCAAUAAUUUGCUCCGGAGCAAUUUUAUGACUGAUUUUAAAUAAAAAUCAGAACUCGCUGAAAGUAAAAAGUUGAAUGAUGUUUUUAAUUGAUUGAUGAAAUAAAGCCCUACAUAGUAUUACGUUAAUCAGAGGCAUAAUUAGUUCAUUAAUUAUUUUUAAUUCACGAGAAAAAAAAAGUUAUAAAAUGAAAGAAUAAAAAGCAAAGAAAUUAACCAUCGUUCAUUUGCAACGUUAUAUAAAUGAAGUUAUGCGAGAAUGUAUAAUGUGCAGAUAUAUUUUUUUCUACAAUUGAUAAUUGGAAAUGUAUAAGAGCAAUCAUUGUGCUUUAUGGUUAUAUUGAAACAACAGUAUUUUUUCUACGUAUUAUGAAAAAACGCGUCAUUGUGUACUACCUACUGUAUAUAUCCUAAAAAUGAAAUACAUACAAUUAUACACAUUAUAUACCUUCGAAACACCUGAAUUGAUAAGGUAUAUGAAUUGUGUUAUACCUACACCGAAAAUAGUUACAUUACUAAAUGAAACGAAUAAAUAAAUGACAAAAAAAAAAGGGUUCCUAUAAACUAUAUAUGCACGAUCAUCCCGAAAUAUUAAAGAAAAAAUCGAAGAAUUGAAAAACAAAAAAUGGAUAAAACUUGAAAUGAUAUCGAGUCUACGUCGGAUAAACGUUAUAUGUUAUGUAUAAACUUCGGAACAAACUGCCAUGAACGUAUUACCAUUUUAUCACAUUACCAUAUUUAUUAUAUUAUUAUACCUAAAAUGUAAUAACGACAUACAAUCUGCGCGUACUCCAUUUUCUAUACAUUUAUCAAUUUGUUAUCUAUGUAAUUAAUUUAUUUCAUCUCGCUCGCUACGUUACAGAGUAUAUAGUUUGAUAAAAUGAAACAGCUAUUAUAUUUUAAAAGGUAAAAGUAUAUUCAAAAUAUAUGAAAAUAUACGAAUGUGAAAAGAAGAUAAGCCUUGUAAUGUAGAGCCCAUAUGCCAAAACUCACCAACCGAUUUAUGGCUCAAAGAAAGUACCUACGUACUUGAGUCGUAUGAAAUCUAUCAACGAUGAACAUAUUUAAUAUGAUCAUUCAAUGAAAUUCUUAAUUGUUUCCUCGAUCGGUAAAUUGAAUUGAUGUAUAAACGUGUGGAAAGUAAUGAAUAAAUCGAGUUACUUUAUCGUUUAAAAUAAAAAUCUCAAUGGAUUAUGA